AUGCUCAAGAAGAAGGAGAAGCUCGAGCAGAUGCGCGAGCUCGGGCGCGGAGGUCUGUCCAAGGGGUUGAGCUUCCUUCGCACGGCUACUGCCAAUGCGUCACUAGAGAAUGGUGACGCCUCCUCUUCUUCGUCUCCCCCCAUCGCCGAGGGAGGGGGCACUAAUACCAAUCGGAUGACGUAUGAGGAGCUGUUGGCGCUCAGUAUGAAGCUCACACGACAGAACAAGCUCAUGAAGGCUCAAUACCAGAAGAACCAAAGCAAACUAGCUGCUGCAUUCACGAGUGAUGCUGAUGUACAGGCAUUACGGGGCUUUUUAGAGCAUGAUCUGGGGCUAGAUGUGGCUGCAUGUGUCAAGACAGAGGAGAAUAGUACCCCCGGGGGAUCUAUUGACGUUGAAGUACUCAAGGAGAAGUAUCGUAUCUUAUCGGAAUUGAAACAGAAAGAGGAAAGCAAGCCACAAGCGCCUGUGGAGAGCGUCAACCUACUAGAUCUGUCACCUGUUGCGACCGACAAAACGCCUGCGAAGUACGAGGAGAUCGAUCUAUUGGGAGGGGACAGUAAGCGUGUCCCCCUGGAGGACGCUCAGGUGGACGAGGCGAUGCAGCAAGUGGAGCGGAUGAGAGAGCAGCUGAGACAGGGCGCUCUACAGACUCAGGAGCUGGAGAAGAAGCUUCUGGAGAGAGAUGAACAGAAGAGCUGGAGGAGACGCAGAGACUGA